UGAAAAAUGACAGUCUGUAUAUAAGACCAUAUAGACUACCGAAGGCGAAGAUUAUAUUGAUAAAUAAAGAACUUCACUGUAAAUCGUAUAAAUACGUAUAUACAUAUAUAAAUAUACAGAACGGCUGAAAUGUGGCUGUCAAAGAGUAUAGCACUUAGGAUUGAAAUUGAGGUAAGCUCUCUAUAACGAGAAAACAUAAAGUUACUUUAUAGUAAAUAGUUUCAUAUACAAUGCGCUUGGUAGAGACUGAUAUUGUCAGUUUACUUAUCCAUGUGUUGAUUUGUUACUGAUUGUUGCAUGUAAAGCUAGUAUUCAGUGUUGCAUGUAAAGCUAAUAUGAUUACUGUCGUUAUUUUUUUAACUAUAUAAACUCCUUAUCACCUAGCACUGCAGUGCAUAUUAGCUACUAUGGGACAUUUGUGUAACAGUAUCGUAUAAAAUCUGGCCCGAAAUUGUUCUUCUAUGUCUAUGAUGUCUAUUUUAUAUACAUAUAUAUAUAUAUAUACAUAUAUAUAUAUAUAUAUAUAUAUAUAUAUAUAUAUAUAUAUAUAUAUAUAUAUAUAUAUAUAUAUAUAUAUAUAUAUAUAUAUAUAUAUACCAUUGUAAGUUAUAUAGUAUAUACCUAUAGCUGAAGCGGAGAGUUUCCUUAGAAUUACAGCACAUAAUAACUUCACUAAGAACGAAACAAAUUUUGCAAAUAUGAGAUAGAUUUGUAGAACAUAUUUCAAGGCACGUUUAAAAUUGGAACCCGAUUACGUUUAUAACUUCGACUGCGUGUUACAUUUAUAAUUGAAUUUUCAUAAUCCCCUGAUUUACAUUGAGCAACAUUCGCCCAAAAUAGAUUAUGCUAAUCUUAUCUGGACCAGCAUCUGCAGUAAUAACAGUAAUACAAGACUUCUUUGUCAACUCUGAAAGAAAGUCUGAGCGUAUGCAGCUGAUGCCGCCUUACUACACAGUAAUUAUUAUAAACACGGAUGAAAACAUCGACGUAUUAAAGCCGAUAUCAAAACGUUUUUGUUUCAAUUGAGAACGAAGCCGACUAAUGCAUGCAAACACAAAUGCAAAUGCUAAAGGCCACACUGUUAAACAGAUCAGUUUUGCAUGCAUCUUACCCGGCUCAAAAAUAUGUUUAUUAUACAUAAAACAAAAUAAAACAGAUGCUAUUCAUUGACGGUACCUACAGUUAUUAUAAAUAAAACAAAAUAAAACAGAUGCUAUUCAUUGACGGUACCUACAGUAGAGGACGUUGUUGAUAAGACGAUCGCCUGGAGGCGGAACGUUCGCCAUUAAAUGAUAAUUGGCUGUAGGAAAAAACGAAGACGAAGCUGUUGUUUAUUAAUAUCACUAACGAUGUCCAUGAUUUACAAACGGAAAUUGAAAAAUCUAAACAGAUAUUUGUUAUCCUUACAAGCAUUAAUUGCGGAGAUGCCUAAACUAUUGGCCAGACUGCAGAAUCAGUCAAUGCCGCCCACGAGAUUGUUAAAAGAAAAUUAAAAGACAAAAUUUGCAUAAUCUAACGCCCCCCAAAUCUAAUUUUCAUUUAAUUACGUCAUUUUCUUUUAAAAUCAAAGUGGUCACUUUUGUCCCCUUGACUAUUUGUUGAUGUGAUAAUGAAAACUGCUUUGCACCUGCGCUUAUAGUUUGUUGCGCCUCCAAGAGCUCGAGUAAAAGAGCCCAAGUUUAUCGCUUUAUUUCGUAUUUACAUUCAACCGUCUAUUCUGUCCAUCAAGGAUAAUGCGUCGUUCACUGUUAUUUAAGUUACUGCAACUGAAGUGUUACAGCUGAAGUGUUACAGUAUUUACUUUUAUUCAUAAUAUAGGUACUUCAUAUUUUUGUAUUUUUGGCUUACGCAAUAAUUGUGGCUGAACCGACGAAAUUGUUCGAAAAUUCAGACUCAUCCUCAGCAAAAUCUACGGACACUGGUGAACCCACAAGCACGAAACUGAAACAUAUUAAAUCCAAAAGCUGGGAGGAGUUGCGACAACAAUUACUUGAAAACAAUCUAUCAUCAGAUACAUUUCAAAAAAGAACGCUUGGUAGCCUUGGAGAACGCCUGAUUCAGAGAAGUAGAAGAUCGGUUCUUACGCUCAAACCAACGAACUCUCGUAAAGCUCAGCUACUUUCGUGCAAGUUGCUCAAUUAUAACUUGGCAAUAAUGGAUAAUGGAAACGUUCUUGGUUUGAAAAAUCAAUCCAGUCCUUAUGGUAUGUAUCAGGCAGAAGUUUCAUAUUUAGUAGCCAUAUACAUAAUGACGGAGUUUUAUUUGCUUGUUAACUGCAUUUCGCCUUUGAUCUCGGCAUUUCUUUGUUGUCUUUUCUCUUGCCCUGACUUAAAUUCCGUAUAGUACUUUAAGUAUAUGCAUGCAUGGGUCGGAUGUACAAAUCCAUGCAUCACUGGAACCCUAACACCUUAAACUAUCGCGAUACCUGCAUGCAUGACCGUUACAAUGUAUGUAUAGAACGUAAAAUAUAUAGAGGAAACAUUCUCUCCUCUCCAUUUUUAUAGUAUUGUUGGACCUAGAAAGGUAUGAUGGUAGUUUGGCAACGAUACAGCAUCCAACGAGCAAAAGAUAUAUUGGAAUGGAUAGCAAUGGAACUGUUUAUUCAACGGUAGGUACAAGAUAGCAUAAGAUUACAUAUUUUUAAUUUGUGAUAAUAAUGACUCUCCUAUUAUUUCCUAUAACGUGCAUGCUUGUGCAGGUGGAUGUGUCCUCGUGAUUGUUCACAUUAUUUCCACAUAUAGGCAGAGCCCCUCCCCCAAGCGGAAUAUCACCAAAUAUUAAGAGCAAUUGCGUUGGAUCUAAUUCUAGGAAUUACUCAAAUAUGUAGCAUAAUUUAUUAGAAUAAAAUAUAUAAAAUUAUAUAUAAAUAAAUAAAAUAACAUAUAAAAAUAUAUAAAAAAUGUUUUUCUUCCUUUUAUUUAGACAACCUUUGGCGACGAAGUCCUCUUUAACUAUUUGACAGGAAAUUAUCCAUAUAUUCAGUUUUCAUCGUAUAAAUAUAAACAUAACGGCAAAGACAUGCUGAUCGGUCUACGAGCUGAUGGACAAACAAAAAAAGGCAGAAAGGUUUCAGUGACUCACAAAAGUUCACAAUUUUUAAUGGUGGCCACUAUAUAGUCUUACACGAUGUGGUUAACUUAAUGAUGCAGUGUAUAGAUUAUUAAAUAUUCCGUCGUUUGCAUCUAAACACGAACACUUUGCAAAAACAUCGUCUUUGCUCACGUAAAACGUUCACCAACUAUCUUCAUGUUGACUGGCUGUCCUUCAUAUGAAGACAAUGUUUUAUCUGCGACAAGUAGUAAUCUUUAGAUGCAAACAACGGUACCAUGCAUGUGUUGUGUUAAAACACAAUCAUAUUAUGCAUCUUCGCGAAUGGCUGCAUAAUGAACUCAAAAACCGGCUCUAGCUUCCCGACAGAGGACUAUAAAUAGCGCGUAAAAUAGGAUAGCUACAUUUGCAUGCAUGUUCAUAAAAAUAUAUACUCGAAGUUUUCACUAUCGAAUUACAUUCCUCAUCAUAUAUGACGAUGUUCGUGGAUCAUUUUAUAAAAUAUCCGGUACCUCUUACUAUACGUUAACAUACAACUACCAGAAUGCUUUUGGAACAUACAUACAGAUUAAUACUGUAACAAAUAAAUACCGAAAAGAUCAUGCAUGGUAGUUGUAAUUAGUUAACCUAAUAAGGUGAAAUGAUUUUUGCCAACAAUUUGAUUACUUGAUUACACGAUCGUAUUAUUUUUCAAACGUUGUUUGCAUUAAUAUUUAUGUGCUUUGCGGACAUCGCAAAACACUCUGCAAUUUAGGUUCCAGGAAUAUUUACGUGUAGAAAGAGAAUGUAUACGUUAUUUAUUUAUGUAAAUAGUGAAAGUUUCACAAAGUGAAUACAUUAAACAAACAAAAUAUUAAGAAGUUUUAGAAAAUUUAGAGUUUAUAUAUGAAUAGUUCGUAUGAAUAAUUUCAUACUAGAUAUACUGGACCAGGCAUUUUGUCCUGACGUUGAUUUUAAAAUUUUAUAUAAUAGAAUACACUACUAUAAUUAUUUAUUGUAUUUUAAAUGGAGAAUCAUUAUUCAUUAAAUGAACAAAUGCGUUUGUACGUAUUAUAUAUAGAUGAUUGUGUGUCAAACUUAAACUGUAGAAUUCGUAGACCUGCGUACGCAAGUCUUACUGUCGAUGCAAUAGAAGUGUUGAUAAAAUAUUGCACCAAUAUAUUCCUUUCCUCAAGUUGAUCAAUUCAUUUGAUAGAAAAUUGAUCAACUUCCUGUUACUUCUACAUAAGUCAAUUAGAUUUCGUUUCAGAACCGAUUGACCAAUAGGAAACGCACAGGAAGUAAAAAUAAAUUUGAAUUCGUAUGAAUUGAUCAACUUGAGGAAAUGAAUUGAUGCAAUAUUUUAUCAACACUUCUAUUGCAUCGACAGUAAGGUCCAUACACACCGGACACGAUUCGACAAUGCGACGCAAUUUUUCGAUUUUCACUGACCGAUAACUUUGAUCCUACAAUCGUCCACAAAAUAUAUUGAGACUUUUUAAAUCACUCCCCUCCCCCCUUAUUUCAAUGUUGAAAGCCUACUGUACUUAUCCAAAACGAACAUAAGAUUACACUAGAACUGCAACCGUGUCACUGGUGGUUGAAAUUUAACAUAUGAUGUUGGAAUUAAACUACAUUGUAGUGCCUAACAACAUUGAAAUCGGGGGAGGGGGGUUGUCUCAAAUAUUUUGUGGACGAUUGUCUGAAAAUUGGGGGAAAUCGAGCGCAGGUUUUGGUUAUUUAUUCCAUAAUAUUUUCUUUGCCAGCGCUUAUGUUAAUCGACAAACAUUUCAAUAGUGUAUACGAAUAAAAUUUGCAUAAAAUUUUACUAAGGACUACUAGAAUGCAUGCCCAUAUACAUGUAUUAUAUUAUGCGAUAAUUUGUCCAAGUUAAGUUAAGUUAAAAUCCAUACCUUACUGACAUCUAACGUUCCUUCGCAAGCUUGCGCUCGAUUCGAAAAAAAAUAUAUCGAUAAUGAAGAAUCAAUAACAUGCAAUCCAUCACAAAUCAAGAUUUUUGUAUUUUAACGUACUAUGUAAAUUCAAGGACAACGCCAACAUGUAAACAACCUCGUUUUCAAACUGGAAAUUAGUUCAAUUAAUGUACGUAUACGCAUGGGCUAUCUGUUUUCGCUCCAAAUUCAAAUUUUAACAACGCGUUACCACACGUUACCACGUGU